AUGGAAGAAUUUAAUUCACCACCUAUUGACUGGAGUGCAGGUUACACACUUCGUCCAUAUCCAACUUUUGACCAGCGUCUACUGGACAUAACGCUCAGGUUAUUCUUUACUCAGCACAUUUUGUCCCCCACGAGGGUACGUAAAGGGCAACAGCCAAACUGUCUGUCGGAGCGAGAGAAGGCCACCUGGAGGCAUCCUCGGUCGCGUCAGUGGCACCUGCUGGACUAUGUUCUCGUCCGAAGGCGUGGCCAGCGGGACGUGCUUGUGACGAAGGAGAUCGCGGGUGCUGACGGGUGGACCGACCAUCGCCUCGUCAUCUCGAAGAUGCGUAUUCGCCUACAGGCUCGCAGGCGACCACAAGGUAAGCGACCCCCAGGUAAGUUGAAUGUUGCCUUGUUGUCUUUGCCUGCUCACCAUCUCCAUUUCAGCAAUGAGCUAGCUCAACGGCUAGACAACCUUCCUAUCGCUGCCGCCGCAGACGCCCCCGAUGUACAGGAACGGAUGAGAAUCCUCAGCAUCUACCCCAUGCUGAGACAAAUGCAGCUGCGCUGGAGCGGCCACCUGGCGCGCAUGGACGACGAGCGACCACCCAAACGACUCUCCUACGGAGACAUCGUCACGGCGGGUUCUCGCCGCCAAGGAGGCCAAAUCUGUCGAUACAAGAAUACUCUAAAGUCCUCCCUAAAGCGUCUGCAAAUCAAUCCGGCCAACUGGGGAGACCUCGCCCGAGACUGA